UCACAUUAUUGUCGCCAUUUAGUGGACACGCAAGUGCGCCACAUUGACAGUAAUCCAGAUAAAGGUACAACAAUCCAGCGUGCUCUAUUUUUCUGACUCAGACUCCACAAGCGUGCCGAGCGACGGCAGCGCCGCAGCAACGGAGCACGCUAGCACGAAGGUUCGACUCGUCGAGGGAAUGCCGAUCGCCGGAUUCUGCGAGGAAUGGGCCGUUCGCGCCGCGCUGCGUUACCAGCCACGCGACGACGACGUGUUCGUGGUGGCCUACCCCAAGUCCGGCACCACGUGGGUGCACUAUUUGACGAGGCGGUUGCUGCACCGGGGACACGAGAGCCCGGCGGAGAGCGCGAUGCAGUGCAUGCUGAGCUCUAUCAUUGGCUACACCGGCAGCGACACGUCGCCCGGCGCUGUGAUCAAGUCGCACCUACCUUUCGGCAAGACACCGUUUUCGGAGAAAGCCAGGUACGUCUACGUGUUGCGAAAUCCCUACGACUGUUGCGUGUGGUACUACCACCAACGAGCCGGGCUGCCCAACUCACCCGCAGUUAGCUUCGACGAAUUUUUGGAGGACUUCAUCGAGGGUAAAGUGCCCUUCGGCGACUACUUCGAUCACCUGGCUGCCUGGUUUCCGGAGAGGUCGAGGCCGAACGUCAUCUGCGUACCCUACGAACAGCUUAAGGCGGACGUUCGUUCUGGGAUCCUCCGGAUUGCCGACUUCCUUGGCCGAGAGAUCGGAGAUGCUUUACACAGCGAUGACGGAGCACUCGAGGGAAUUAUUCAGACAACGUCGCCGGACGUCAUGAGAAAGCAUUUCUCUGAAGCACGAGAAGCGCUGCUCACCUCCCCGAAUGAUAAAAAGAAAGCUGAAGUAGCUGCCGCGUUCCGAGCACGGGGCCAUCGGGCACCAGCGGCUGGUGCGGACAACGGGGACAAGGCCAAACUGUACAGGCUCGUGCGCAAAGCGACCGUUGGCGACUGGAAGAACCACUUCUCGGAGGCUCAGGCGGAGCGCAUGAAAUCCAACAUGGAGUCCAAGAUGCUGUCCAAAAUGGCGGAUCAUCGAGAAGCUGUUGUUGCUCUGUGGAACAAUCUCAAUUUGCCGUAGCUCAUGACGAAUCCUUGUGCCUAGCCCAGAGAAGCGUGCUUGCCACUUUGUCGCUUGCCUCUGUGUAUUAUUGCGAUAACAAUACUUAAUGCGCAAGCCAUUCUCACGAACGGUUUCCUUUUACUUUCGACCAAUUUACGCGUUUGCUUGUAAGCGGGUGCAGUCAUGUAUGAUGGUGAUGGAUAUUUUCGCUACGGGAAGUGAGGUUGUUCAUACAAAAAUCUAGGAAACAGUGAGUGAUGAAAAUAUCUCUGGGGGCGUUACAGUUCGGCGUAGAAGGUGCCAUCAUUUAUGAAGUUCAAAUAACGGACUCGCUAAGCUCAUUCAACCAAUGUGCACACUUUUUAUUUUGUCAAUAAGUUCUAAUAAGCGCUGCCUGAACGAAAA